GGCACGGCAAGCCCGCAGUCAGCGACGCGGCGCGACGCGACUAGUCUGCGCCGACACGCUCCGAGCCCGGCCCGCGCACCCCCCCGCACGUCAAACUAACUAAUUGAUUUAUACCCCCAAACAUUAGUAAACGAACUUACUACAACUUUAUGUGCCACGCAAUCUACAGUGCUGUGAACUUUUUUACGUUGAACAACUCCCAGUUAUGACUUCAAAGUGUUUUUAGGCUCGUUUAAAGUUUAUUUUCUCAUGUUUUAUUUAAUGCUGGAGCCGGAGGAGCAGCAAUAUGUCAUGGUAAAAUGACACUGGAUGAAUGAUGUGAUCUCGCUUCGAGCUGAUCGUAAUGGGGCACAUAGCGAGCGGAGUAAAAUCCGCGUUAUGGCUAUCUCUUCUACAUGGCUUCCUUUUCCUCAUCGCUGAUUCCGGCACAGAAACUCCUCAAGACCACUCAACCAUGGACAUCUCUUCGCGCCACUUCAGAGCUGAAUUCCUUCAAGAAUGGCAGGGUUCGCCAGACGCUCCGUACUUCGACCCCAGCACGCCGAGAAAUAUCACUGGUUUGGUCGGCCACCCAGUUAGACUACUGUGCAGAGUGAAGAAUUUACAGAAUAGGACUGUAUCAUGGGUCCGUCACCGCGACAUCCACCUGCUGACGGUGGGGCGCUACACGUACACCUCGGACCAGCGCUUCGAGGCGCAGCACAAGCCGCGCUCCGAGGAGUGGGCGCUGCGUAUACGCAGCCCGCAGCGCCGCGACUCCGGACAGUACGAGUGCCAGAUAUCCACCACGCCGCCUAUCGGCCAUGCUGUCUUCCUUAAUAUUGUAGAACCAGAAACAAUAAUCUCCAGCGGACCAGAACUCUUCAUUCAAGCUGGGUCCACUAUCAACUUGACUUGUACCGUACGCCACACGCCCGAGCCACCCAGCUCCAUAACGUGGACACAUGGAGAACAGGUAAUUUCAAAUGUGAUAAACUUUGAUUCUGCACGGGGAGGCAUAUCUUUGGUGACAGAAAAAGGCUUGAAGAGUACCAGCCGACUCUUAGUACAGCGAGCCACAGGCUCAGAUGCAGGUAUUUACACCUGUGGGCCUAACAACGCUCCCUCGGCAGCCACGAGAGUACAUGUCCUAUCUGGUGAGCACCCAGCUGCGAUGCAACAAGGAUGUGCAAAAUCAACACUAGACAAGACCGCCUCCAUACUAUGUUGUCUGUUAACACUAUAUGUACUAAGAAAACCUUCGUUUAAUAACCUACAGUUUGGUACUUGAAUGUAAAAGCCCCUCAAGAGAACCAUAAGCUGGGUCAAUAAAGUAUUGUUAUUUGAAUGCUUGAGUAAAAACAAGCGUGAUUUGAUUGGUAAAAUGGAUAAGGAAAAAUGUGUGUACUUUUGGUGCCUAAAAAAACUUUGUUAAAAAGCCACGGCGUCUUGCAAAUAGACAACUUUUUGGCUUUAACAGCCUUUAAUAUCUCGUUAUUUGCUUUUAUCAAGUUACUUUGUAAAAGUGAUUUUGUUUGGGUCGUUAAACAUUGUGAAUAGAAUCCUCAAUGGACAACAGUUUCAUCAUUGGGAAAGUGUUUUGUAGGGUUAAAACCCUCGUUCAAUUAAAAAAUCAUUAGGCUGUUAUAUUUAGUUUUAAAUGUACUAUAGUUAUUUUGUAAAUAUUUCUAUCACUUCUCUGUAUAUACUACUUUAACAUAUUACAAUUAUAUCUUGUAAAGCUGUCCGUCCGUAUCAUUAUGUUAACACAUUGAAGGGUCGGUGAAACUGCGGCGUAUUUUGAAAAGGUAUUGUUUAAACUCAUUAGCAGUAACGUAAGGGUAUAUAAUAAUAAUUAAUUAUUACGGACGGACAGCGGAACCCUUCUAAUUGUAACUUACGUCUAGUUCUAGAGAAUUUAAUUGACGAGAUAAAAUGGUUAAUAACGAUUAUGUUUAUGUGAUCGAAAGGCGUGGUUUGAAUAAGAUUUUUACGUAAAGAUAAGGCCCAUAACGUAAGGUCCCCCAUACGUUACGUGAGAUAAUAAGCAGCCGACACGGUCCAUGGUGAUUGUCAAGCCUAAUGGCGGUCGCAGAUGCUUAUAGAGGUUCCCGGGAGUAUAUUGCACACUUUUAGAAGACAUCGGCACGGAUCGGGUUCGGAACAAUGUCCCUCGAAAUAUAAAUAACACGAAUAAGCGUGGGUUUUACGAAAUUUGAGCUCAGUCCUUUCUCUAAAUAGUGAGCGGAUUUGCUUGGUAAUGCUUAUAUUUUUCAGUCGUCUAAUAAUACCUACAUUUUUCACUAAUGAGUUUGGCCUGAUUUUAAAUUAAGGUCCCUGUUUAAUAAUUUCUAUUCGGCGUAAUUUGACUCUAGAGAUUCAUUUGUUUAUUUUGGGCAACAAGUUUUAAAAUGGCCUUGUCGACAAAUGAUCGUCUAAAACCCUUAAGUAAUAUAAAAUAUCAGAAUAAAGCUCAACUAUGAAUAAAUAAGGAGACGUGUCGGCCAUUAAGUAAAGCCUUGAAUUUUAAUGACACACUAAAUUGUGUACAAAAUUUGAAACACGCCAGGCCAUUUUAUAAAAGAUGCUUUCCGACGUUUAACACAAUUAUCUUGACAGCUAAUAAGAUGUCGUCAUUGGGGAGCGAAUAAAUUAAUGUAAAUUGACUGUAAAUAAUUAAACCCAAAUUAUUGUCCAAUUUUAAAAUAAAUAGAUACGGAAUGUAUGAAUAAUGAACGUCAACGAAAUAAAAUUUGUUAUAAAUUA